AGCUGAGCUCACUCGCCUUCAAGGAAUGGCUGUGUCACUUUUUGUGUGCGUCUACUAUUGGACCUGGCUUGCCUACUCAUCUACAAGUGCUUCAAGACUGGUAUAUGACAGCCAAGCCUAUAGUCUGCUACCACCCUUGCUCAAGGAGCUGUCAGAGCGUCCAGGCUGGGGGGAAGGAACACUGGUCCCUCAAUCAGUAGCCAUCAAGUAUAUGAAAAAGCUGUACAAAAUGCUGGCCACCAAGGAAGGAGUCCCCAGGGCCCACAAGAACACUGAAUAUAAUACGGUCCGGUUCUUUACACCAAAGACUGAGUGCAAAGCGCGAUCAAGAGAGGAGAUAAAAAAUGUUAAAACCCUGGAUUUGUUAUUCAAUAUUGACAGUGUCUCUACAAUGGAGCAACAUCUUCGCUCUGCCUUGGUUUAUUCUGUAAGUAAACAAUAUUCCUCUUCAAAUAUCUCCUGCAACUGUAGCCUGGAGUUUGUGGAUCAGGAGACUACAAGCUCGGUCUGUUCUAGACCUCUGUACGUAUCUGAAUUUCAACUGCAGAGAAAGCAAAGAUGGAUCGAGAUUGAUGUGACCGCUUUCCUUCAACCGUUUCUCCUAAAUCGGCAAAACAUUCACCUGUUGUUCAACUUGACAUGUAUGAGGAACAAGGUUCCCUACAGUUUUGGAAUGGGGGAACCUUUAAGAAGAGCAAGAUCUCCUCCAUGUUUGCUUCUUUAUUUAAAUGAUACCAGCAAUACAGCAUACCACUGGAGAAAGCUGCAUAUAGGUUCUCCCAGCUGGCACCAGAGUGGGCACGUAAUUUCAUAUCUCGGUGAUUUCAUGGAAAACGUGCAGAUGUAUAAAGUCCCUCGCCGUCGAAGAGGUCAAAAUGCUGAGGUGGGCAGGCUAACUGUAGAGUCAAGUGCAUAUAAUUUCAGUGACCUAGCCAAACAAUUUGUGUAUCAUCAAAAUGAGUGUGAGCUUCAUAAAUUUCGACUCAGUUUCAGCCAGCUGAACUGGGACAAAUGGAUCUUGGCACCACAUCGAUAUAGCCCGGAUUACUGCAAAGGAGUAUGCCCUAGGCUGGUUGGCCACAGGUAUGGCUCUCCAGUACAUACUAUGGUUCAAAAUAUAAUCUAUGAAAAACUGGACUCUUCUAUACCCCGGCCAUCUUGUGUUCCAUCUGAAUACCGACCCAUGAGUGUUCUCAUCGUUGAAACUGAUAAGUCUAUAGCGUAUAAAGAGUAUCAAGAUAUGAUUGCAACCGAAUGCACCUGCCGCUAGUCUUCCUUCGCACAGUCUAUCUGUGGGACCAGCCAUAAGCGCUUAUUGGGUUUUAUGGUGGCAAAAGGGGAGCAAAG